UUUUCUUCCUUUGAUCAAGAGCAGAAGAGCACAAGUCUGCGAAAAGUUGAGAAGUUUCUGGUACGCAGUUGGAGUGAAUAUCGUUUUUGUGAAAAUUACCUUUAAUUAAGUCGCAUAAAUCAUAUCCUUUACUAUUCAAAUCAGAGAAUUGCGACUGUAUUUAGCAGAGCAGUUGCGACAGCAGCAAUAGUUUAACAGAAAAGUGGGUGGGAUUGUGCGAGAGGGGUCGACAACAACAAGUGCAGAGCAAAGAAAAAAGCGUACUAUUCACAAAGUGAUUGUCACUAGCGCUGGCGUUAGCGACGACUGACAAAUACAAAACAAAUGUGCAAAUAAAUAACAUAGUAAUUGUAAUAUAACUUGCAAUAGUUUCAACAGUAUAAGACCAUACGUUAUUCAACAAAAAAGUAAAGUCAGCAAAGUUGUAGAUGGGAACGGAAAUGCCGUGCCAAAAGCAGUGCGGACACAUAGUACUGCUGCUUUCACUGCUGUUGGGUCCGUUGACCACAGUGAAAGCCUACUACGUCGACAUAAAGAGCAGCGGUUCAUCAGUCAUCGGUGGCACCGUGAACUUCAGUGCUGUUUUGUAUGAUGAUGGCCAAGUGGCAAAUAAGGGAGAUUAUAUGUUUAACUGGGAGGAUAAUGCACAAGUCCCAAAUCAUGUGGAAAUCAACAGCAAGUACCCAUAUAGCAAUUGGUCCGUAACAUAUCCAAUGAAUACAACUAAACCUGGCGAUUAUAGGGUCACCUUGAAAGUAGAUAAAAACUACAUUAUUUGGAUAAAUAUAGCCACCAAUCAUAUAGAUUACAAAAUCGACGAAUCUUUGGGUGGCGAACUGUUGCUGCUACAAAACGAUACCAAGCUCAAAAACAAUUUUGUGUCCACGGGGAAGCCAGUCAAUCACACCAUACAAUUGCGUCCGAACGAUGCGGAAUUACUCGCCGAAAAGGCUUAUGAAGUGCAAACAUAUUGGUACCGAAAUUGUACUUAUAUAGGCGCGGUCAAAGGGCUGAGCUAUGUGGCGCAGUAUACUGAACCAGAAGAGGAUUACAAAAUUGAGGCAUUGGUCGUAGCGACGUUCGAGAAACCUCCUGAGCCAACUACUACAACUACAACCACUACCACCACAACAACGACAACGCCAAAACCUACAACAACCACUACUACUACUACCACAACAACAACCAGUACCACUACCACAACACCAAAGCCAAAUAGCAGCACAACACCACCCAAAGUUAUCUCAGCAAAUGCCACAACAUCAGAAUUAGUGCAUCGCCAACGUCGCGGCGCAGCUGCACCAAUACCAUUGUCGUCACCUGUAGCAAAUCAACCAAGCCAGGCGGCCAAACCUGCAAUGCAUGCAGAAGCAACACCUAAUGUGAGCAACCAAACCAACGCGGAAACAGACAGCUCGAACACAAGCGUAGCAUCGGCGUCCAAAAAACUCUCAUUGCCCAUACUUAUGUCACCACUGUCGAUGGACGAAUUGCCGCCCUACAAUUGUGUCAGUGGCGAGUUCAUUCAGCGUGAUCCUAAAAAGUUGACGGGCUUAUUUCAGCAUUAUGUUUCCGCCAAAGCACCCGUCUCGGAUUUCAAAGCUAACGGUCAAAAUUGGUUACAACGUGGUGAUAUGUUGCGACUGCAAGUGCAUUGUAAGGGAUCUGCUUCGUUACAGAUGUGCAUUCAAAUCUUCAAUGCCCCAUAUAACGCCACUGGCAACGAGACCUGUCGCUACUAUUUUCCGCUUGAUAAGUGCGAAUACAAUUUCACACGAUUUUUCUACGAGAGCAAAACUGUUUUAUUUUUCAUACGUAAUGAAGUCUCUGAGAAGUUAAAUCAAGUCACUAUUAACAUCUACGAAGCAAAAGUGCAAUCGCAAUUGUCCGUGGUGGUGGUGCCCGUGUCAUUCACUUUAAUCGCUGUCAUAUUAAUCGUGUUCGGAGUCUCGUAUUAUGUGCAAUCACGAAAUCGCUUUACAGUUGAGGUAGCCGAUUUUAAUUUUGGCGAAACGCAAUCUGUCGAUAUGGAGUACAAAACGUUUCAGCAACGACUCAUAGACAGCAUACGCGAAGUGUGGCCGUGGCGGCGACGCUAUACCGAAUUCGGUUCUGACAUGGAACCCGAGCUAGAUCACAAUGGCGGCAUUGGUGGUGCCUUUGACAACGGUGAGCAGCAUACCACCACUGGUGGGGAAAACGAAAACAAUUCCACAACGACAAACGCCAAUAAUGGCAAUGUGGCUAUCGAUAGCAAUCUCAGAUAUAAUUCAUUGACUUAAAAAUAUUACUUUCAUAGUGAAUAGUAUUUGUUUUCAUAUUUUUUUUAGAAUUUGUACAAUUUUCCAAAAGUCUUGGAUUUCAAAUUUCAAAUGCGCACUAAACAUUUGUAGUAGAACGGAAGAGAAGAAAAGCAGUCAUGUGAAAAUUGAUAAUUUGAAGGAACGAAAAAAAGAGAGAAAAAUGCGAAAUGAAGUUGGUACAUUGUUAUUGUUCUUAUACUUGUGCUACUUGGGGAGUGCCAGACGGCCACUUCAACCAUUUCACCUAUACUUGUAUUUUUAUUAUAUUUAAAAUGCUGUAGCGUGCAGUUCUCAGGUUGUUUUUUUAAAUCCAUUUGAAUUACGCGUUCAAAGCAUUCACCGUUUAUAUUUUGUGUUAACGUAUUUACAUAUAUACACAAAUACUUAUUGUUUUAUCCUUAUUUUUUGCUAGUAUAUAUUUUUUGUAUUUAUCAGUAUAUUUAGUUUGUAUAUAAAUUUAAAUAAACAUCUCUUAUUAAAGCAUCUUUA